GGAAACAAGCGCAGAUCAACCGAUGUUUGUUUUGCUACAGUUAGCAGUAUGCCUGCUGAACGCAAGCGCUCAGUAAACAUGGACGAGAAAGACGUUUGUACCUUCAGCAACAAGGAAAAGGAGAAGGACAGGGAGGCCGAGAGAAGGCCGGCGCCCACCCGGGACAAAGCUAAAGACGAGGCCAAGAUGAGCGGCAAAAAAGACGGUGGCAAGGAGGAGAAGAGGAAGCGCCUGGAGGAAGAAAAGAAGAAGAAGGAGGAGAAGGAGCGGAGGAAGAAGGAGGAGGAAAAGCAGAAGGCAGAAGAGGAGCAGAAGAAGAAGGAAGAAGAGGAAAAAAGGCAGCAGGAGGAGCAGGAGAGGAAGCUUCAGGAGGAGGAGGCAAAAAGGCAACGUGAGGAGGAGGCUGCCCUCCUUAAGGAAAAGGAGGAAGGACAUCAGCUGUACCAGGAGGCGUGGGAGCGCCAUCAGUGCAGGAAGGAACUCCGCAGUAAGAACCAGAACGCCCACGAGGGUCGUCCGGAAGAGGCCUUCUUCAGCCGCCUGGACUCGAGCCUUAAAAAGAACACCGCCUUUGUGAAGAAGCUGCGCACGCUCACCGAGCAGCAGCGAGACUCGCUCUCCAACGACUUUGCCUCACUCAACCUCAGCAAGUACAUCGGCGAGGCCGUGAGCUCCGUCGUGGAGGCCAAGCUGAAGAUCUCCGACGUCGGCUGUGCGGUCCACCUGUGCUCCCUCUUCCACCAGCGGUACGCUGAGUUUGCUCAGUUACUCUUACAGGCCUGGAAGAAGCACUUCGAAGCCAGGAAGGAGGACAAGGCUCCAAAUGUGAGCAAGUUGCGCACAGACCUGCGCUUCAUCGCUGAGCUCACCAUCGUCGGCCUCUUCACGGACAAAGAGGGCCUCUCGCUCAUUUAUGAGCAGCUGAAGAACAUUAUCGGGGCCGACCGCGAGACGCACACCCAUGUUUCUGUGGUGAUCAGCUUCUGUAAGCACUGUGGGGACGACAUCGCCGGCCUGGUGCCCCGCAAGGUGAAACUCGCAGCCGAGAAGUUCGGCUUGGCCUUCCCUCCGAGCGAGAUAAUCAGCAGUGAGAAGCAGCAGCCCUUCCAGAACCUUCUGCGGGAGUACUUCACAUCCCUUACCAAACACCUGAAGAAGGACCACCGGGAGCUGCAGAACAUCGAGAGACAGAACAGGCGGAUCCUACAUUCCAAAGGAGAGCUAAGUGAGGACCGGCACAAGCAGUAUGAAGAGUUCGCCACUUCCUACCAGAAGCUGCUGGCCAACACUCAGUCGCUGGCCGAUCUGCUGGAUGAAAACAUGCCUGAGCUCCCUCAGGACAAGACUGUGCAGGAGGAGCACGGCCCCGGGAUUGACAUCUUUACACCCGGGAAGCCCGGAGAGUACGACCUGGAGGGAGGAAUCUGGGAAGAUGAAGAUGCUCGUAACUUCUAUGAAAACUUGGUGGACCUGAAGGCCUUUGUCCCUGCCAUCCUCUUCAAGGACAAUGAGAAGAGCAGCCAGGGCAAAGAGAAGGAGGAUGCCAAAGAUGGCAGAGAGGGGAAGGAUAUGGGCAGCACCACAGAGGAGCUGGAGCUGGAGCUGGAGGCUCUGGACAUCGCAGAUGAGCCUCUAGAACUGGAGGGACCAGAUGAGGUGGAAAAUGAAGAACUGGCCAAAAAACUGCUGGAUGAACAAGAACAAGAGGACGAGGAGGCCAACACGGGGUCUCACCUGAAGCUAAUCGUGGACGCUUUCAUCCAGCAGCUCCCCAACUGUGUCAACAGAGACCUCAUAGACAAGGCUGCCAUGGACUUCUGCAUGAACAUGAACACCAAGUCUAACAGGAGGAAGCUCGUCCGCGCCCUCUUCACCGUCCCCAGGCAGAGGUUGGAUCUCCUGCCCUUCUACUCUCGUCUGGUGGCAACGCUGCAUCCAUGCAUGUCAGACGUGGCGGAGGACCUCUGCUCCAUGCUGAAGGGAGACUUCAGGUUUCACAUCCGGAAGAAGGAUCAGAUCAACAUCGAGACAAAGAAUAAAACCGUCAGAUUCAUCGGCGAGCUGGCCAAGUUCAAGAUGUUCUCGAAAACGGACACGCUUCAUUGUCUCAAGAUGCUGCUGUCUGAUUUCACCCACCAUCACAUAGAGAUGGCCUGCACGCUGCUGGAGACCUGCGGCCGCUUCCUCUUCAGAUCCCCCGACUCUCACCUGCGUACCAGCGUCUUGCUGGAACAAAUGAUGCGCAAAAAGCAGGCACAGCAUCUGGAUGCCCGCUACGUGACAAUGGUGGAGAACGCGUACUAUUACUGCAACCCGCCGCCCAUGGAGAAGACGGUGAAGAAGAAGAGACCGCCGCUGCAGGAGUACAUUCGCAAGCUGCUCUACAAGGACCUGUCCAAGGUGACCACAGAGAAGGUGCUGAGGCAGAUGCGCAAGCUGCCGUGGCAGGACCCCGAGGUGAAGAGCUACCUGAUCUGCUGCAUGGUCAACAUCUGGAACGUCAAGUACAACAGCAUCCACUGCGUGGCCAACCUGCUGGCUGGCCUGGUGGCCUACCAGGAGGACGUGGGUAUCCAUGUGGUCGAUGGAGUCCUGGAGGACAUCAGGCUCGGCAUGGAGGUCAACCAGCCCAAGUUCAACCAGCGGCGGAUCAGCAGCGCCAAGUUCCUCGGCGAGCUCUACAACUACCGCAUGGUGGAGUCGGCCGUCAUUUUCCGCACCCUCUUCUCCUUCAUCUCCUUCGGGGUGAAUCAGGACGGCACCCCCAGCCCUCUGGACCCUCCGGAGCACUUGUUCCGCAUCCGCCUGGUCUGCACCCUGCUCGAUACCUGCGGCCAGUACUUCGAUCGAGGCUCCAGCAAGAGGAAGCUCGACUGUUUCCUCAUCUACUUCCAGAGGUACAUCUGGUGGAAAAAGAGCCUCGAUGUGUGGACCAAGGACCACCCCUUCCCCAUCGACAUUGACUACAUGAUCAGCGACACCCUGGAACUGCUCAGGCCCAAGAUGAGGCUCAGCAGCUCCCUGGACGAGGCCACCAGACAGGUCACUGACCUGGAGAGAGAAGUGCUCGUCAAACUAGGUCUGGCCAUGGAGAAGGACGGCCGCUCCAGUGCCAUGAGCGAAGGGGAGGGGCUUGACGAGGAGGACGAUGAUGGUGAUGACGAUGAAGAGGGAGGCGCCGAGACCGAGGAGCAGUCCGGCAACGAGAGCGAAAUGAACGAACAGGAAGAGGAUGAAGGGUCAGAGAAUGAAGAGGAGGAGAGGGAGGAAGAGGAAGAAGAGAACACAGACUACCUGACUGACUCCAAUAAAGAGAAUGAGACCGAUGAGGAGAACAAUGAGGUCACCAUCCGCGGCGGCGGGCUGAAGCACGUGGCCUGCGCUGAAGACGAAGACUUCAUUCAGGCUCUGGACAAGAUGAUGCUGGAGAACCUGCAGCAGCGUAGCGGCGAGGCGGUGAAGGUGCACCAGCUGGACGUGGCCAUUCCUCUGCAGCUCAAGAGUCAGCUGAAGAAGGGGCAGCCGUGCAUCGGAGAGGCAGACUCGGACAUCUCCGACACCAUGCAGUUCGUCAUGCUGACUCGCAAGGGCAACAAACAGCAGUAUAAGAUCCUGAAUGUGCCCCUGUCCUCCCACCUGGCGGCGAACCACUUCAACCAGCAGCAGGCCGAACAGGAGGAGCGCAUGAGGAUGAAGAAGCUCACGCUGGACAUCAACGAGCGGCAGGAGCAGGAGGACUAUCAGGAGAUGAUGCAGUCUUUGGCCCAACGUCCGGCUCCGGCCAACACCAACCGGGAGCGCCGGCCCCGCUACCAGCACCCGAAAGGCGCCCCCAACGCCGACCUCAUCUUCAAGACAGGAGGAAGGAGACGCUGAUAGGAGUCUGGGCCCGGGCUGAGCGAGCGACACAGAGAGAGAAUGAAUGAGCAAAAGAGAGAGAGAGCGAGAGGAAAACCAAGAAGCUCAGAGGGGAAACUGGUCGAAAACAAGGGAACGAGUCCUUCAGACGCCCACUGAAGCCGGACAGACAAACCCCUGACCUGAACACACACGCUCCAGCCAGAGGAGGAGAGGCAAAACCGACGGGGGGGGGGGACUGGGGUCAAAGGUCAGGGGUCAGACAGGUGGCACUCUUUCUUUUUUGUCUGUUACCUGAGAUGACAAAGAAAAAAAAAACUGUCUGGACCAGAGGACAAAUUAGAAACAGCUGACCGGCGGACUGAUGGCGAGGCGGACGGGGUGAAGCGAGAUGCGCGGCUCACCCACCGCCGUCACACCAAGCGGAGGAAGAAGUGACUCAUCUUUAGGAGUUAAAACCUGCGAGUGCUCAACUUUCACACGGGACAAGCAAGGGAUUUUUUUUUUGUGUGUGUGUGUGUGUUUUUGGACUAACUGCGGGAACAGCUCAGUCUGAUUUUGUGUGAAGCAACAAAUGACGCAGAGGAAGACGUGCUAAUCGAGUUACGCUGGUUUGAAGAGCAAACAGCGACCGAUGGCGUGCAUUCUUAUCUCCACUGAUCCUUUUCUUUAAGAUAAAAAAGACUUUAUGUCUCUCAGAUCGAGCGGUUUUGUUAAAACUGCUAAUUUCAUUCGACCAGCAGUUUAAAAAGAAACCCCAAAAAAUCCAGCUUGUUGACGCUCUUACUUUAUAAAUAUAGAUAGAAUUUAACAUUCAUCUCCUCAGACUGAUACUUGAGAUAUUUUUAGUCAGCUGAUAGAAAAUGCAAUGCUGUUUUUUUUUUUUUCAUAAUCAGUUAAAUAUGCCUCAGUUUUUUUCUACAGUUGCUUCUUGAAGCAGAUUUCCUGACUUGGCCAAUUAAACACUAAUUGUCACAUUAAUUUAUACUGAGUAGGUAUUUACUCUCACUUACUCUCUACAAAUUAUAGCAAGACCUUUAAAAGGGACCUGUCAUUGUUCUAGAACAGCUUUGCAUGAUUCACAGUUCAAAAUAAUCCUCUCUUAUCUGAUCCUGGGCCGUGCAGUCCCCUCAUUGCUCCUCCACCUUUAAGAUAGCUGUCUUCUGAUUGGCUGCCCCCCCUGCCCCCCAAGCACAUGAGUGGAGCAUCUCUCUGACCUCAUACAGAGGUGAAAGUAGAAAAAGCUGUCUGCAGCCGGAGCUUUUGGCCCGAUUGCUUAUACAUACCCUGACCUUAUUAUUGGAAACUUUGGUCAUGUUUAAUAUGAACAUCAAGGUUUUAGGACAGAAGUGUAGCCACCCAUUCCUAAACAAAGCUUAGCAAGUCUGUCCUCAUUAAUUAAGAUAUUUGGUAAUUAUUAACAGCAGUAGUAGUUACAUUGUAUCUCCUACUAGCUUUAGUGACCAAUUAUUCAGUCUGUAUAUCACAGAAAAUAUCAAAGAUCCACCUGAAGCUUGACCACAGUUUGAAUUGAUGAUGUUAAAGUAUUUUCUAAGAAUCAAAAGCUCACCGGCUCUGGGACUUGCCCCUUGGUAGGCUUCCAGAAGUUAGCCAAUCAGUAGAAAGUGAGUUUUUAGGGAGGAGGUGGGAGCUUUAAAGAAAAAGAGCUUUAAUAUUUAACUUAUGGCCAAAGAUUUCAAUGAAAAAGUCUCAAGUCUGUAAAACCACCUGCCUGGUAUUGUUCCGGCCCACCUCGCACCACCAGAACACCUCUGAGGUUAAGUGAUGAGGGUUUGGGGGUGUGAAAUGUGGCCCCUGCUGAGAAGAAUGAUCAGAUUUGGAUCUGUGGAGUGCGCGUGCUUCGUCUGCAGCCCGACACGAGUGCUUGAAAACGCCCUGGAACCAGAAGUUUGGUAAAACCUGCAGAAAAGUCACCAACAAAGGCUGCCUGCCAGCCACGUAACAAAAAGAGAGUAAAGGUGGCGCAUUUUGGUUUGACCUGUCAGAGGAGGUGUCAGUCGUUUUAUUGCUCUGGUAAGAAAUCAGCACAGCAGAACCGGCUCUCACGCCGUCGGACGCUUUUUGAUCUCCGCAUCGUUCAGACUCGUGGAGGCACGUCUGGAUCGAGUGACCCGCUCACCGAUGGACACCUGAGUGUACAUAUUCAGCUUGAUGAUUUUUUUUGUUUGCUAACGUUCAGCUUGCUUUGAUUUAUUCAGUGUCAUGUGACAAGUUUUUUUUUUUUGGCUUUCUCCUGGAUAUAACUGUGUGCCUGAGAGUCUUCCUCAGUGAUGACAUGACUUAAUUAGAUUAAUAUAAUCUGUUAAACCUCUAGAUUGAUAUUAUAAAUAUAUAUCCUCUGUAUUCUGCUACAUGAGCCUUUUCUGCAGCAGCUGUGUCUUUGUUGUAGUAAAAAGCAUCCAGAACUCGAC